GAUAAUCUUAUCAUGAUUUUUCGGAUAAUGGCUUGUUUAGUUGUGCUAAACUUUAUAGUCAUAUUAGUAGUAACAGUCACGGGAAAUAAGUUUUUCGAUACUCGUGAUGCUGCAGUAAAUCGACUCUUGAAAAAACUCAAUAAGCCUUAUGUUAAAUCCAUCAAGAGUCCAAAUGGAGAUAUCAUAGACUGUGUUCACAUGAAAAAUCAUCCAAUUUAUGAUAAUCCUUUAUUCAAAAACCACACUAUUCAGAUGAGACCAAAUUUUUACCCAAAAGGAUGGACCAAUAAAUAUUCAAAUAACAAAAAACAAAAUAUGGUUGCUCAACUAUGGACAAUUAAUGGAAUAUGUCCUAAAAAUAGUAUUCCGAUCAGAAGAACGAGAAAAGAAGAUAUUUUACGAGCAAAAUCAAUUGAAGAAUAUGGAAAAAAGGAUCCCAAUGAUUUCCUUCAUCAUAAACCAAUCAAUCAACCUAGAAGAGCAAACGAAACACAUGAGUAUGCUAUAAUUAGAGUGGUAGCAAAUUCUCCUCACGCUAAGUUUCAUGGAGCUCAAUCGUAUAUAAACGUGUGGAGACCUUUUGUACAAGAGGAAAAAGAAUUUAGCCUAGCACAAGUAUGGGUUGCAGCUGGAAGCUAUAGUACUCAACUUAACACCAUUGAAGCUGGUUGGCAGGUGUGCUAUGGACUUUAUGGUGAUCAUCAACCUCAUUACUUUAUCUACUGGACGGCCGAUAGUUACGUGAGAACAGGUUGCUAUAAUAAUAUAGGUUGCACUGGCUUUGUUAAUAUCAACCAGGCAUUUGCUCUAGGUUCACCUAUUCCUCAAGUUUCAGCCUUUGGUGGUCUACAAGUCGAUCUUCUCGUAAGUAUAUGGAAGGAUCCUAGCACAGGAAAUUGGUGGUUGAAAUUUGGUCCUCACUUAUAUGUUGGGUAUUGGCCUUCCACAUUGUUCAAUCAUUUACAAAAUGGUGGAACUGAAGUUCACUGGGGAGGUGAAAUCAUAAAUUUAAAGAAUUACUCACGACACACAUCGACAGUUAUGGGAAGUGGGUUAUUUGCAGAAGAAGGAUUUAAAAAGGCUAGUUAUAUUAAAAAUAUUGAAGUGCUUGACGAAAAUAAUAUUGUGAGACAACCUGUAGAUGUUUAUUCUGCUGUGACAGAUGGUAGUUGUUAUAGUCUUAGGUUUGGCACUAAUCACUCUAUGUGGAAGACUCAUUUCUUUUAUGGUGGUCCUGGUGGAAAUAAUCCUUUUUGUACGUUAUAGAGAUGUAAUAAGCAUGCAUGUUGUGUGUGAAUCUAUAUUAUGUACGUUAUCACCAUCAUAUAGCAUAUACAAUAUGUGAUAUGGUGAAAAGUAUCAUACAUUGUAAUUUCUUGCCCGUGAAUAAGUAAUUUUACAAAGUCA